CUCUCUCUCUCUCUCUCUCUCUCUCUCUCUCUCUCUCGACCUUCUGUAUAAUUAAGGCUUCUCAGUGGUGGGUUCGGUUUGAUUUCACUAAGAAAUUCCGGCAUAGACCUGUAUCCUGUUAUCGGGAAGCCACUUUCUUCGUCUCUGGAUCAACACUUUUCUUCAAUUUUUACGGGAAAUCCAGUUUGAGAGUUCUAUCAUUUUUCUUCUCCAGUUAAUCUCUGGUUAAAUACUUACAGUCCUCGUUAAUUUCUCUGGUCUACAUGUUGAGAUUUUCUCAUUUUUUUUCCUUGUUAUCUACUUGAAAUCAAGGGAUUUUUGAGGUUUUUCUCUCUGUGUGUCUGGUGAUUGGGGAUUCUGUGGUUUGUAAUCUGGGGUUGAGGUGUUUUAUAUUAGUUUUUGGUCAUUUGGAUCAAUUGAUUUGGGAUGAUGCAGCUGAAAAGUAGGUGUAGACAAGAAAAUUUGAGUAUUUAUCUGGUAGUUUGUUUAGAUCCAGAAGUGGUUCUGUGACAACACAGAAUUGUUUGGUUCACUUUGGAAAAGGAAACUCCCGUAGAAAAAUUUCAUCGAUUCCGGGAAGGGUAUAAGGAAGUUGUCUUCACUACCAAGAAACUUUAAGGGUUUCUUCAGCCAUGGCUGCCCAGGAUCAAAAUGAUGGCAAUCGGUCAAAUGAUGCUCUCCUGCACAACAACCAAAUCUCUCACAUAAAGGAGCAAUUUGCUUCUGGGGAUGAUUAUGCUCCAAAGGUGAGGAAACCAUACACGAUAACAAAACAGAGAGAGAGGUGGACAGAAGAAGAGCAUAAAAAGUUUCUUGAAGCUCUAAAACUGUAUGGUCGAGCUUGGCGGCGCAUAGAAGAACAUGUGGGCACCAAGACAGCGGUGCAGAUUAGAAGCCAUGCUCAAAAAUUCUUCUCUAAGGUGGUUCGUGAGUCAAGUAGCAAUGAUGCAAGCUCAGUGAAACCCAUUGAAAUUCCUCCUCCUCGUCCGAAAAGAAAACCUAUGCAUCCAUAUCCUCGUAAAUUGGUAACACCAAUCAAAGUGGGAACCCAAAUUCCCGAACAACCAACAAGAUCAACCUCUCCAAAUUUGUCCCUAUCUGAAGAAGAAAACCACUCUCCUACUUCAGUUUUGUCUGCCAUUGGUUCAGACAUGCUAGGUUCAACUGGCUCAACACCAGAUGGUAGUCCGUCACCAAUUUCAUCUGCUGCCGGUGACCAACCUGGUGGUGUCUUCUUAUCUGAACCUAUUUCAUCACCAGAAGAACAAGCAUCUUCAUCACCUGUUCAAAGAAAUGCUAGAUCAACCCCAGACGAGCACAUUGCUGUGAAGUUGGAGUUAUUUCCCCAAGAUGAUGAUUUGGUUAAAGAAAGUUCGACUGAGGCAGCAUCAACCCAAAGCUUGAAGCUCUUUGGGAAGACCGUCCUAGUUACAGAUUCGCAUAGACCAGCUUCUCCAACCACAGGGACUUCCAAAUUACUGGCUCAAGAUAUGAAUGACGGGAAACCUGUGCAAACAAUGCCUUGGAACAUAAUGCCCACAAGUGCUUUACCUGCUGCAGCAUCUGCGGCACUCUAUUAUGUGCCACUCCCAAAUGAAAACUCAGAUCUGGUUGAAGCUGGUUCUUUUCCUUCUCUUCCAUGGUGGAAUUUUUUCGGAGGCAUGCCAUUUCCUUUCUCCCAAUUGCAUAACCCAGUUUCUGUGAAAGCAUAUUCAUCUUCUGAUGGUCAACAAGCUCAAGAUAAAGAAAUUCAAAAGGAUGGAUCUUGGACUGGUUCGAACACUGGAUCAGUAAAUGCAGGGGAAGACGGGGACAAGAAUUGGGACGUUGAGACCCAGAGCCACCAACUCUCUUCGGACAAGGGGGAGAUCAUGCAAAAGCUUACAUUGGCUUUCAAACCAAGUGGUCUGGUUCAAAGAACUAGCCCUUGUAAGAGUUCGAGGGGGUUUGUGCCUUAUAAGAGGUGUUUAGCGGAGAGGGAUGUCCAGUCAUCGACAGUAACUGGCGAAGAGAGGGAAGAGCAAAGAAUUCGUCUUUGCCUGUAGUGGGCUCCCUUGGUUUUCCCAAUGUGCAGUUAAAUUUGUUGGUAGAGAUUUUUAAACUGGUUGAGGACCUGGUUUAGGUUGAGUGUAGUGAGGAAACUGCAGUGGUUUCAGCUGCUAAAUGCCCGGAAAAUGUGAAGGCCGGAAACUGUGAAGGAUUGUGGUGGCUACAGUGGCUGCCGCUCCAGCUUUGCGAAGUCCCACCUCUUUCUCUCUCUCCAAAUGUUAAAAUUAUUCAAAUCUGUUGUCUUUGACUUGCCUGUGCAAUGUAUAAAGUUCUCUCUUGCAUAGUCCUGGGCAUUAGCUUUUGUAUUACUUGUAAUUCUCCUCCUUUCUCAUCCUUAAUGUGAAUUAUAAGCCCACUUUAAUUUUGUUCAUUCCUGGCUUCAUUUUCAUUUGACUUACUAGUCUAUCAG